AUGGCUACUGAUGAAGCUGUGCAACACGAUGAGGAAGUAAUCGAUAAUUCCUUCAAAGUGUCCCCGGAGAUGGAGAAGUUUCUUUGUGACCGAUUAUUGGAUCAAAGCCAGCCAAUUUCCGAACGUUUUAGAGCCCUCUUUUCUCUUCGUAACCUCCGCGGCUCUGGACCACGCAAUUCUCUCAUUUCUGCAACAAGAGACUCCUCAAAUCUUUUGGCGCACGAGGCUGCUUUUGCUUUGGGGCAGAUGCAAGACGUUGAUGCAAUUCCUGCGUUGGAAUCAGUUCUGAAUGAUCUGUCUUUGCAUCCUAUUGUUCGCCAUGAGGCUGCAGAGGCACUUGGUGCAAUUGCUUUAGAACGUAAUAUUCCAUUGCUCAAAAAGAGUUUGGUCUCGGAUCCAGCUCAAGAGGUUCGUGAAACAUGUGAACUAGCUUUAAGCCGAAUUGAAGACAUUAAGAAUGUUAAAGUUGAUGUUCCAUCCAGAAUUGAUGCAUCACCAUAUCUAUCAGUGGACCCGGCAGCCCCUGCUUCUGGUCGUUCUAUCUGUGAACUCAGGGGUACACUUCUAGACGAAGAAAAGAGUAUGUAUGAGCGUUAUGCUGCUCUGUUUGCACUACGUAACAAUGGCGCGGAAGAAGCUGUGAGUGCAAUAAUUGACUCAUUGAAUGCCAAGAGUGCUCUCCUGCGGCAUGAGGUUGCUUAUGUUUUGGGCCAGUUGCAAAAUAAAAGGGCUUCAGAUGCACUGUCUAAGACACUCAAAGAUACAAAAGAACAUCCAAUGGUUAGACAUGAAGCUGCUGAAGCUCUUGGUUCUAUUGCAGAUCAAGAAAGUAUUAUGCUUCUUGAGGAGUUCUGUAAGGAUCCUGAGCCUAUUGUCUCACAAAGCUGUGAAGUUGCACUGAGCAUGCUUGAGUUUGAAAGAUCGGGCAAAUCUUUUGAGUACCUCUUCAUGCAAGUCCCGCAAGCAGAGAAAGUCGCAUAA